GUCACUCAGUGGUCGUGCAAUUUCGAACCUCAGGCAGCACCGUGCAGGAUAGAUAACUGUCAUUACUUCAAACAUAAAUUAGGUUUGUUUAUCAAGAACUGUAUUUUCCUACAAUUUCUUAUUUCAUUCAAAGGUGAUGUGUCUAUUUUGUUCCAAGUAAAUGGGUACAAGAAACACUACGGGAGAGGAAAAAUUACCGUACAGCAAUUUAUAUAAUCCUGCUCUUUGGUGAAUUACUUGAAACAAAAAAACUGUUGAGAAGCUGUUAUUUCUGAAUACAAAUUCACCCGUUUUAUACGCCAUUGUCCAAGUUACACAAGCAAUUGCAGUGCCUUCGUCCUGGUUCCGCAAGCACUUUCACAGUCCUGUCUGCUUAAAGUGACAGAAAAACAUUAUACAACCUGACAUAGCAUAUGAUACUACCAUUUUGGAAACAUUUUAUGCACACAGAGAAUAUGCUUAAUAAUAAUCUAUUAUACACUUUGUGCUGAGCAAUUCUUUGGUCAAAAAUUGUUUUGUAAUACAAUGUCUUUGACAAGAGCCAAAACAGAGGCAAAAAUGCAAUGCGUCACACAUAAUGUGGUUAAGAACAGCUUCCUGUGGUUAUGCGCAUGGCCAGCAGGUGGUUUCGCGUGCACAUAAAGCAUCAAGAAAUUAACCAUUACUCCAGCCAAUUCACUGAAGUGUUAAGAUGCCUCAUGAAGCUUCAUCUAACCAUCACUAAUGCUCGGGCUAAUUAUUAUUUUUUUAAAUAUAUAACCUAAACCUGUUUUAAACUUCUCUAGAACUUCAUCCCUGACCUGUCUGCAAUUCCUGGAAUGUCACAGAUGAGACCCAACAUCAUGGAUGAAGAUAAUUCUCCUGCUCAGUUCACAGAUGACAAAGCAGUGUGCAUCGUAUCCGUCAAACGCAUGAAGAACAACUGGCAGAAGUGGUCUGAUAAUCACCAGGAACUCCAGAAGCAUAACCCCUUCAGUCAUGACACCAGGCCCGUGGCAGUGGUCCCUCAUAGGGGUCACAAUGACUAUGGGAGGCCCCUGCAGGGCUCAAUGACAGCACAACGUGGGGAAGAUGCUCACACACACAUCAGCAGAGAGGUUCAGGAGUUGUAUGAGGUGAUAAAAGACAUUGGGGUACAGGCAAACAAAGAUGGGGGUGGGAGCAAUAUCUCGGUAGAAUUUGGCAAGCUGUUUGAGCAUUACGUCACUAUCUCAAACAAACUGGUGGGUAUUCUUCUAAGAGCCCGGAAGCAGAAGCUGGUUGACUUUGAGGGGGAGAUGCUGUGGCAAGGGAAGGAUGAUCAUGUUGUGAUUACGUUAUUGUGAUGAGCAGAAAAGGUCAUGUUGCAUGUUGCCAUUGUUUGUUGUAGUUGCACAAAACUACUUUGUUUAAAAUGGAAAUGCUUUUAUUUUCUUCAUGAGACUGAAAAUCAUAGUGGAAGAUAAGUGUGCAAAAUGGUUAGAUCUGUAGUUAUCACGAUUGCUAUAUCAUUAAAACAAAUGCAAGCAUACCAACAUAGGUGUUAAGCCAAAUACUAAUACUGUACAGUACCUCAUAAGAUGGUUUAUAUAUGAUAGCAGUCAAAGCCAAUUCUCAUUUGCCAGCAGUGUUCGCAAUGCUUCAUGCAUGAAACACACAGUACUAGACUAUGGUUCCUAUCUGUUCUGUAGAAGAGCUACCUUUUUAAAUGAAGUCAAAGUAACAAAUACUUGGUGCUACAAUUUACAUUUUUAUAUUUUACUGUAAGUUUGUACAUUAGGCAUGCAAAGUUUUACAACCCAAUAACUGCUGAAUAAAGCAGCAAGUAUUUUUCUUGCUA